AAUGCAAUGAUGAUUUCGAUGCUGCGCUCCCUUUAAUCUCUCUCUGCGAUUAGGUCAAGCAAGCACCAUCCCGCACUCACAAAUGACACCAUCGCCGAUCACCAAUACCCCCCCAGCUUGGUGACGAUCCUCUCGGGUAUGAUUCUGUCGAUAAUUUUGGCUGGUUGUUCGUGACAAAGACGACGACGACGGCGUGCGCGGGGUGGAGGGUUGAGGGUCGAGAGACUAGGCUUGCAUUAGUCGGAAUCACGAGUGUAUUGGGUUUCGUAUGCGUGCUGGAUCUGUGGAGAGUAGUCGUGGCUGGCAAUGGCCACAGUGCACUCAUGUUGGCGCGUGCAGUGGCGGCAACCCAAACGGACAUGCUAAGCUUAGCAUAACAUUAUUGGGAACAAUAUAAACACUCGGAUUGAGAUUUUGAAUGAGAGGCAGCACCGAGCGAGUGCUCGAACCCGUGGAUUAUUCUCUCUGGGAUACAGCUCUAUCAAAGAUCUAAGCAAGCGAGUGAGUAGCAAGCUAAGGAAGGUCUCCUCUCUGGAUUAACAAACCAUUGGGGGUUUUCUUCUGACCGUUUUGUUGCAUAGAUCUGAGUUUGGUGAGUUUCUACGGCAGACACUGUCACAGAAUACUAGGUUAGUGUAGUGGCUUUCAUGCAGGAGUAACGCAAUGAUGGGAGGAGAGGAGUAGGGUUUGGGCGUAGACGGGGAGGAAGGGGGGGUGCCUGGUUGUGGAUGUCGUUGUGGUUAGGUUGAGGUGGAUGAGGGUGGCAGCUGGACUGGGUUCGGGAAGCGGAAGCCCGUGGGCGCCGUGGACGAAGACGGUUUGAAGAGGCGUUCGGGGGGAGACGGAUGCUGGUGGAAGUAGGAGACGGAUCCAUGGCAGAAGACUCAGUGGAGGCCCUGCUUGGGCUGUGCGAGAAGCUUGAUUUGGACGAACAGGUGAAGGAAAAGGAAGGAGAAUCAGAGGGUGCGGUGGAGCCCGGAGCGGCGGACAGCAAUGGGCACUUGACGGGAGAAGAGGCUGCAAGAAUUGGAGUGGAAGGUGCGGCGGCAAUUGAGCCGGUGCCAGAAGUGGAUGGAGCAGCAGAUGCGUCGGAGGGCUCUCGCCCGCCGGCGCAAAUAAAGAGUUGGAGUGAUUUCAAUGCAGUGUGUGCGCAUACGUUCGGGGAGCAGCAGUCGUUCGGGUCGUUCUCAGACUUUCUUGCAAACCAGCCGGAUUUGCCACCUCAAAGUUCCGGUCCGGUGGAAAUGGCGUCGGAUGUCGAUUUUUUCGAAUGGGGAGGCAUGGGAUCCGAACUCUUGGCUGAGGGAGGAAUGGGCUUCAAGACGUCUCAGCCCGAGCCGCCCGCCGUAGCAGUAGUUGAGGAGGCAUUGCCCGAAAUUGAUGAGCGGCCACCGGAGACUGGUGCAACAACGACACAUGAAGAGGUCGCACCACCGCAAGCGCCAGCGGAGCAGGAUUUUGGAAUUGGGCAGGAAGUGCAAACGUGGUCGGAGCUUCCAGCGGAGGAAGGGCAAGCUGCGGUGGCGGAUGCUGGCAUCGAGGAUCCCUAUCCAGGAUGGUAUUACGACUAUCAAGCGUGCGAGUGGCGGCAGGUUGAGGGCUACGGCGCAGUUGCAGCUGUUACAGAGUAUGCAGGUUAUGACGGAGGCUAUGUAGAACAUCAUCACUUGCAGGGUAUUCCGGAGGCAAAUGUUUUUCAGCCGGAGGAAAGCCAGACUCCCGUGCCGGAGGAUGGAACCGUGGCAGGCGAGGUGGAUUUGGGGCAGUCUCAAUCUUGGGGCACGCAGUCUGCCGCAACCCAAACAGUGGCAGACGAGUAUCCGGGGUGGAAAUGGGACUACGUCGCGCAGGCGUGGGUUCAAGUACCGGAUUAUAACGAGGCUUGGACGAGUAGUUCGACUACUCAAUCUCAGGAUCACAUUGGGCAGCAAUCCUGGUAUGGACAACCCGAGCAGCUGUCCCAAACUUACAGUGAGAAGCCGGUAGCUUCUAACGAGCAGCAGCAGGCCCAGGGGUUUUCAGGGUAUGGAAACGAUGGUGCAAACGUUAUGGGCAAUGGGCACGCAUCGCAAAGUGCGAAUCCAGUGAGCACUGGGCCGGUGUAUGCGAAGGAGACGAGACAGUGGGAGGGUGAUCUAGCACACAACAGUGCGGCAGGAGGUGGGGCGUCGAGCUUCUAUUCUCCGCAGAUGAAUGGAGAGCAGGGUUGGGGAGCACCUGCCUUCAGCCAGCCGGAGCAGUUCGUUAGCCAGAGUUUGCCAUCGGUUCCAUACGCGUCUUCGUACAAUUAUGGUGCAGAUGGCGGACACAGCGGCUACGCGCAGCAGCCUUGGAACAAUCCCUCUCCUUUCGGGCAGUAUCAGCAGCAAUACACGAAUCCUACGGCUUCUCCUCCCAAGAACGUCCAAGAGGCGAUGAGGACUUGUGUAGGACGACCGCCUAUCUCAGUUUCAGCAUUUGGAUUUGGAGGGAGGUUUAUUUUCAUGAAGCACAGGGACCCUGUGACACUUCACACUAGUAACGGUGAUCAGGCUUUUGCUAGUGGCGAGGCCUGGAUGCCGGGUCCUAUCCAACUGUCGAGCCUGAAGGGCCACCUUCCUCAGGAACCGACUUUUGCAGGUCCACUUCUGGGCGGUGGAGCUAGCCCCAAAGAACUGAUCAAGUGGAUUGACGAACGGAUGGCUACUCAAUCACAAUACGAUUCUUCGCGGCUUCUGCUGGGAGUGCUGAAGGUGGCAUGCCAGCAUUAUGGGAAGUUGCGGUCUUCUGGCGUGAAUUCCGCGAACUCUGCAGUGGAAGAAGACGGGCCAGAAGCAGCACUGGCAAAGUUGUUGGCAGGUGCUGGAGGUGAGCAAAGUCCAUAUGCAGGGAUGGUUAAUAGGAACCUUGGAUUGCGCGGAGUGCCCUCGGAGCAGCAGUUGCAGGCCACAGCAGUGGAGGUGAAGAAGUUUCUGGUGUGUGGAAAGCGAAAGGAUGCUUUGAAGUGUGCACAGGAAGGCGAGCUGUGGGGCAUUGCCCUGGUCAUUGCUCGACAGCUGGGCGAAAAGUUCUUCUGUGACACCGUGACAGAGAUGGCUCGACGGCAGUUUGUAUCCGGGUCCCCUCUACGCACACUGAGCCUUCUUCUUGCCGGUCAGCCUGCGGAGGUGUUUGCAGCGCCCAGCCCGCAAUCAGGAAAUCCGAUGGGUGGAGUAGUAGCUGCCAGCGAACAGAGUGAGGUCGGACAAGGAGCUAUGCUGGACGAUUGGCAAGAGAAUAUUGCCAUUAUGGCCGCUAAUCGCACGCAAGGGGAUGAGCGUGUGAUGUUACAUCUCGGGGACCGACUGUGGGGUGUUCGUGGGGAGGUAGCAGCUGCACAUGUGUGUUAUUUGAUUGCGGAUGCAAAUUUGGAGUCGUACUCUGGAAAUGCAAGGUUGUGCCUGAUUGGUGCUGAUCAUUGCAAGAAUCCGCGAACGUUUGUUACCGCAGAGGCUAUUCAGAGGACAGAGAUUUAUGAACACGCGAAAGUAUUGGGGAAUCCCCAAAGCGUUUUGAUAUCGUUUCAACCGUACAAGCUUGUUUAUGCUGAAAUGCUGGUUGAAUGUGGGAAGGCUGGGGACUCACUCAAAUACUGUCAAACAGUGUUGAGGACGUUGAAGUCAGCAGGAAUGCGGAGUCCGGAGGUGGAAGCAUGUAAAGUACUUGCGACAAAUAUGGAAGAGAGGCUCCGAGUGCAUUUGCAGGAUGGUCAUGGAUCGAUGUUGGCACGUGGAAAGUUGGUGAAUAAAAUUAAGGGCACCAUGGAUUGGGGGAUUUCCAAGUUGAUUGGAGGCCCUCCUCCAACUGCUCCAGCAACGGAUUCGUUUGGGUACAGACCGUUAGACAAUGGGGAUCAUCAUGGGGGGCAGAGCUUACGUUCCAGCGGCGGUGGAGGGCAGCGGUCAGGCGCGCAAAUGGUGCCAUCAGCAUCUAUCGCGGCCUCCAUGGAGCGGCUGCCUCAGGAACCGAAUCGCGGUCCAGCUCGCAGCCAGUCCGAGCCAGACUUUGGCAGGAAUGCCAAGCAGGGAGAGACAGACGGGAAUUCCGGAGUAUCUCCGAGAGCAAGUGGAUUACGUCUGGCUGGACUUGGUCGGUUGGGUAGCAGUUUCCUGCAGAGGGCGACUGGGCUGUGGGGUUCGAACAAGAGAGAGGCGAAGCUGGGAGAUGCUAACAAAUUUUACUAUGAUGAGAAACUGAAGAAGUGGGUGGAAGAAGGAGUGGAUCCUACUCCGGAUGUUGCACCGCUUCCGCCCCCACCCACGACUUCCAGCUUCAUGGGAUCCGCUCCCCCUCAAGAAGAAACUCAUGCACCGCCCCAAGCUGUAACUUCGAAACCGGGGACGCCGCCCUUGGCACCUACUAGCGGCAAUCACUAUUCGAAUCGUCGGCAAGCUGGCGGCGUUCGGUCCAGGUAUGUGGACACUUUCAACAAGGGGGGUUCAACAACUCCCGCGAAAUCGGUGAUGGGAUCUCUGAUGCCACCUCUAAUGCCAGGGGCGGGUAUGAUGUCCACGCCCGCCAAUAUGUUUGUUCCAGGUCCUGCCCCUUCGAGUUCGUUCACUGAUAACAACAGUGAUGUGGGCGAGAGCGUUGUGGGCAGGUCUUCAAGAAACGGCGAUGCAGGCACCAGCCAGGGUCUAUUGUCGGACACUGCGAGCUCGAAUGCGAAUAUGGACACAGGCCUAGGCUACCCUCCUACGACAUAUUCCACGAGUCCUCAGGUGUCAAGCGCAGACAACGGGCUUGCAUCUUUGAAGGCAGAAAGUGCCGAUUUGAGUUUUCACGGGGGACCUCCUGUGUUUGGAGGUGCCCACACAAGAUCGUCGUCAUGGGGUGGGUACCCAAGCUCUUUCCAGAAUCCGCAUACUCCUGGAGAGGAAGAUGCGUUUGGAGCUAGCUUUAGUGGUCACGACAGGCUGACUCGGUCGGAACAAAUGCCUCAUGUGUCGCCCAUGUCAGUGGGUCAAUCUGGGUAUGGUAACUUUUAUCUACUCAACGGUAGCGGGGCGAAUGCUUCGUUGCCUCUUCCACAUCCUUUAGGUGUUCCAAGUGCAGGUGGUGAAAAUAGGGAUCCCAAUAGACAAAUGAUGGGACAACAAUUUAGAGGAAGUCAGUCGGUCGAUUCUCUAACUGGAGAGGAAAUGCAGGAAGUAGAGCUUUAGGUUGUAGGAGACGAGCUGGCUAUGCUCGUGAAGGUUGAGACCUUAAUUUAAUAAUUUUUUUUUUUUUUUUUUUUCUUCUGUAUUUUCCAACCAUUAGAUACUGAAAGUUAAUAUACAUGUGUGCGACACAGCACGCUAGUAGAAUCAUUCCCUCUGGUAAAUCUUGUGGCGAUGAUACGAAUGAGCAAGCGAGAGCGCGAUUGCCGAGUGAUGUCCUCAACUGGCUGACCGAUUGGCUGUGGCUCGGAUGGCGACGCUGGCUGUCGAAGAUGUUGGCCAAUAGCUGUGGCUGGGCAGGCGGAAUGAAGUCUGGUAGAGGGUAGCUGCUCAUCGAUGGGCGGGGAGAUGCGGCUGUUGUUGUUUUGAGCGCAAGCACAGCUGGUGUUUUCUCUUUGUUUUUGUUGCACAGCUUUGAGCAGCUCAAGGGGAAGCACAGUUGUCUGCAAUGGCUAAUGAAUAGGAACUCAGUUGUGUACAAAAUUUCAAUUGGUAAUUCAUCAACGACACAGGUUGUGUUUGGCAGCAGUCUCCUACUGAUGGCUUCCCACAAUCUUGGUCUUAUUAUUUUUUAUUUUUUA